CAGCUGACCGGUGCUGUCUGCUGGCCGCACGAAACAGCGUCUUAAAUCGGGUCUAAUUUUAAUCGCUGUGGUUUUAAAUGCGGGUUGUCUGUUUGAUGUGAUAAAGCCGUUCUGUUGCUUUCAUUCAGCUCCAGUUAACGGCAGUUUUAUUAGGCUGUCCGGUUUAUAUUGAUAACAAACUGCCUGCUGGUCUGAGAUGAAAAUGUCCGGACCGAACGGAGAUCCGAACCUCUCAGAGGAUGAUGGGCUCAUUAACGACGAGGAGGACUUUAAUGAGGAGGAAUACGCAGCCAUCAACUCCAUGCUGGACCAGAUCAACUCGUGUCUGGAUGACCUGGAGGAGCGCAACGAUGCUCUGAACGGAAAACUGCACGAACUGCUGGAGUCCAACCGGCAGGCCAGGCAGGAGUUUCGGGCUCAGCUGAACGAGAGAGACCAGAAGGACCAGAAACGGCCCCCACCUCCCCCUCCCUCUAACGAAGACUCACCACCCAGUCAGGCGUGAUAGAGUGGACAUUACAGAAUAGCUGUAUUUUGCUGUCUUGAACCCCUGCUGUACGGUAGAACUGAUCAGGCCUCAGUCCUCCUUUGCACGAUAUCUCUUAGAUCUCCAGUCCUGUAGUCCAGCUGCACUGUACAUUUGUUUUCUUGUGGUCAUUGGGUCCCAGAUGGUGCCCUAAGCCAGCUUAGUCAUCGCUUAGCAGAGGUCAACAGCGUGCAGCCCUAUAAGGCACAAGUUUCCCACCCUGGUUCUGAUGUACAUAUUCUAUUGUGGGAGAUCAAGUCCCCAAAAUGAGAAACAGGACAUCUUUCAGCCUCGCAUUCCUUGCAGACAAGCACAAAUGGGGGCUGCAGGUCUUAUAAUGCUGCUGUUGGAACAAAACCCAGUAUCUCCAAAAUGGUAACUUUACAGGAGAAGGAAAAAACCUACUUUACUUUUAAUGUAAGUCAAUGGAACCAGAAUUUUUUCCAAGUCAUUUGGGGCCGUUUACUUUGGUCCAUUUAUCAUGAAAUUUCUACACAGUGUAAAGAGCAACAGGCAUUUUCAAAAUAUGUCAAAAACUGAAAAAUGACAAAAAUAGACAUACGAGGUUUUGUCCCGACAGCAGCGAUAAUCAGGACAGCUAAUGAUCGUCAUUCUUGAGCUGAAUCUGAACUGUACAGUGCAGGUGGACUUGAGACUGCAGCUGGGAAACACUGCGCUCAGUGUACAGACAAACUCCUGAUAUUUAUUUUUAACUUAUGUGGAUCAUUCCGGGUGAAUACUUCACGUAAAGAGAGAGUCUUUUAAGUCUGUAGACAUCGUACAUUGUACCUAGAGAGUACACAUAGGUUGUGUCUCAUUACCACCCUUAACUGUUGUGUGUGGCUUCUUUGUCUUAUUACAUAAAAACAGUCAAAAACAAAA